UCCAAGUCUGAUCGCUCAAGUUCACUCUACAUUGUAACAAAAUGAAAUUCUUUAUCGUCAUUUGCGUGCUGUUCGGUGCGGCCUACGCCGACUAUGUGUUGAAGACUGGCGCAGACUUGCUGAACUAUCGUCAGGAGUGCGUCAAGGAGCUGAGCGUGCCCACUGAGCUGGUCGAGCAGUACAAGAAGUGGGAGUAUCCCAACGAUGAGAAGACACAGUGCUAUCUGAAGUGCGUCUUCACGCGUUUCGGUCUCUUCGACAAUCAGUCCGGCUUUAAUGUGGAGAACAUUCACACGCAGCUGGCUCGCGGUGUUCCUGACCACAGCGACGGCGUGCAUGGCAAGAUUGAGGCUUGUGUCGACAAGAACGAGCAGGGCUCGAAUGCCUGCGAAUGGGCCUAUCGUGGUGCUAGCUGCCUGCUGAAGAAUCAUUUGCCGCUGGUGCAACAGAGCCUGGCACCCAAGCCUUAAUUUAAGCCCAACAUACAAUUUUCACCUUUUUUUCAAUAACACUAAUAAUAAAGCACUUUAUAAGUAAACUAUACAAACA